AUGACUGCCCCCCAGAAAGUUUCCCUCUACAAUCUCACAGAACUAAAGACGACCACCGAUGAUGCCCUGGCACCCAUCCUGACAUCCUUGCCGAAACCCUACAAGCUGACACAAAUUCACUACUACGCGAAUGUACGACUUGCGCUGGGUUAUGUCGCCGUCACCAUAGCAGGAAUCCUGUUCUAUGCGGAUUGGAAGCUCGGAUGGGACGUCACCAAACCCUAUACAAUGCCUGCAUGCGUGGCAUACUUUGUUCUCAACAGUGCUCUCACAUACUGGACAUGGGCGGUCGAGAGUGGGAAAGUGUUUGUUGGUGUACGAGAAGGUGGACAAAAGUUGACCCUCUCAUCCUCAGUUACGAAACACCAACCAAUUUACAAACUCAAAAUACGUUACGAAGCACCCAAAUCAGGCAAAAGAUUUGUCGACGAUGAGACUAUUGAAGGCAACUUCACUGAAUGGUUUAACGUACAAGGCUUCCUGGAUCAGAAGGCAUUAAGAACGUGGCUAGCGGGUAACAUCGAAGUCGUCGGUCUCGCAGAUCCUGGGGCCAAGAAAGAGUACGAAAGUGUACAAGAAGAGGACAGAGUUGAUGAGGAAGUGGUUUCAGUAGGGGCCAUACGCUCGGGUGCAGCUGCACCUCAAGCGACGCCUGAUAGUGCGAAGAAGAGGACGAAGUCGAAGAAGCCAGCAUAA